CAGCAGGGAGCCAGGAGAAAGAACCAAUUCAUUCGCUUCCUGAGGGGCAUAAUUUGGGUGGCAGCUGUUGCGAGAGGGAAGAGCUAGUGACCUCGACCCUAGGUCUGCCCUUUAACCCCAGGCAACACGGCCCGAGGGGGGCAGACGGUAUGGGCCAGGCCGGGGCCCACCGCUGCCUUUGGCCCCUUGGGGCUGCGGUCUGUACCUCUCCUGGUCAGAGUUGAAGUGCUCCUUAACACAUCUUGAGGUGUUCACCGGCAGUUCGACACUAUCCACCAAGGAGCCCGUUGGGCAGAGACUGAGGAUGAGGAUGUAGGUGAAAUGAGAGAGUGGGUCUGGGUGCUUAGUUUUUGCAGGGGCCGAAAUUAUCCAUAAAAUAUGCAUGUAACAGAGAAUUGCCUAGCUGAAACAAGGUAGUGAGUUUCAUCGUACAAUUUUUUCUCCCACCCUCCUUCUUUCUUCUUUGGACAACUCCUGUCUCACUAGGCUUUUACAGCAGUCCUGUUCCAUUUUUUUUUUUUUUUUUUGCCCAAUCGCUCUUCAAGCCUUCCCUGCCCCUCUUGCCCAACAAGACCAAGCCAGAGAGCCCUGUAGUUGGGGUGCCACAACUGACAUAACCCAGAGGCGGGGAUUUCACGUUCUCUGCGCAACCCCCCCAGCCGCCCGCCAUCAGCAGCCUAGAUCCCUGGACCUGGGUUUUUGUAACGAGGGUCCACACACUCUCUCCCCCUCCCCAUCGGUUUUCAAGUGAAGCUCGAAGUAAAGACCUGAGCAUCCUGAGCGCGAUCCGCCCACACAGCCGGGUAGCGGUUUGCCCCAGGGGUAGAGUGGAGGCGCGGAUCAGUGCCUUUCUCAAGAGAGCCGCACUUCUGAAAGCGCGAGCUUCCUGUCUGCCCAGGCAAACGAGUUGCAAGGCGCUAUGUCCUCUAGCGGCAAACUCUCGCAGUUCAUUUGUGAGCGCUCACCUACACCUAAGGGAUCUGGUUAGGAGUCAAUUCACCCUCAAAUUUGAGUCCUAAGUGGGGGUAAAGUCUUCUGAAUGCGGUACAGGCUUUUGCCAAGGCCCUCUCGGUAAUGAGGCCGGGAGGCUCGGGCGCAGUCGCUUGAACUGAGGAACAGCUGAUUUGUCUCCUCCACGGCAGAUGGUCUUUGAGCACAGAUUUGCAUUCAUUGUCUUCAAAUCUGUUUUCGCGCUGGUGUUCUAGAUUUCAUCAGCAGAUCUAUGCACAGAUCAGAAUACAAAAGGAGAAGCAAGAAAAUAACACCCAGCCAGGAGGAUUUUUAAUAGGCACCGCGAGCUGCCCGGCGUAGUAAAAAAGCCGUCUAGAGUUUCAGCUGUUUGGCGGAGCGAACGCCGCCUCCCGGCCAUCAGCCGGCGGCCAGCACCGCGGCGACAGCGCGCCUUGGGCAAAGUUUCCAGGACUCCCCGCUGCCUCCCUGCAGCUCCCGUGCUGGUUCCCCGGGGCUUUGGGAACGGGGGAGGGGGGAAGGAGGGGGCUCCCGGGACGACGCCUAGCAGCUCUCGCAUUCAGCCUGCCACGAUCUGUCAGCAACCUCUCAUCUGCACGGGUGCAACUCUCGCUUGCGUUCGCCCGGGGGUAUUUUCCUUAGCUCUUUGACUGUUUUCCCCGACACUCUAUUUAUUUGACUAGCGCUUGAGCCUCGUUCGUCCACCACCCGCCCCCGCUUUCAUUCAUAUAUUCUUCUCUCUCAACUUGUAAACCGCACACAAAAUCCGAGCGUCACCGAGUAACUCCAGGAGACUUGAGAAAGCCGUCCAGAGAACUGGUUUGCUCUAGGGAACGCUUGCACAAAACAUAAGUACAUGUGGUCACGCUCCGCUUCUUCACAAACCUGCACUCAGAACCCAAGCCCCGGGAAUGACCGUGUCUCCCCGCGGGCAACAAAAUUCUACAUUUAGAGGCAGGAUCCACAGAAGCUUCCCGCUCCCGCGAUCAGACUGAGCUAGCGCGUAACCGCCAGCAGAGUCUGGCUAACCCGCUUUAGUGCAGAAUUUGCGGGCCCGGAUCACACGCACGCACAUGAAGUUCGGGCAAGGACAGAGCGCCCGCAGCUUUCUGUCCCCUUUCACCUCCCGGACUCCCGGCAACGCAGAGCGUGGCGCGCGCCGCCCGAGGACGUCGGCCGGGCCUGCCCAGCGCUGGCCAAUCCCGAGCGUCCAUGCAAAUGAGGCGCCUUAUCGGGCUAUGGCUCCGCCUCCCGCGGCCCGGGCCGUAGUAACCCAUUCAUGGGGCAGGCGCGCGACUGUAGCCCGGCUCUGCGGCGCUCGCAGCCACAGCCUCCUCUCGGCUCCGGGUCUUCCCCUUCCUUUUACCACGGAUCCUGUUGGGGAUUUUUUUUUUUUUUUUUUCUAAAUUGGAGCGGUGGGGAGGAGCAGGGAGGGGGGGUGGGGGACCAGGAGGAAGGGGAGAGAUUAGGCAGCCAUCAAUCUCCUCCUGUUUCUCCCAGAACAGGUGAUGCUUCAAAAUUGUGAUCACUUUCUGGAGGCAGAGCUGCCCCUGGAAGGAUGCGAGCGACCUAGGGCGGAGGGCCUGAGGCGGCAGAUCUGAACUUGCGGAGGAUAUACCCUAAACUUUACAUCAGUCUGCAUCUCAGGCGUGGAAGCAAAAGACGGGUCAUCUUUUUCAUUUCUUUUCCAAGAGAGACUCAAACUUCGGCACUUGAUCCCUUUUCUUGGAUUGCUUUGGAGGUGACGGUUUGGUGACAACGUUGGGAACCGUGAGGACAGCGUUGUAACUCAUUUUUAAAGCGCCAGUAGAACAGACUUUUUAAAUGUUUGGGAUCCAAGAUACCUUAGGAAGAGGACCAGCUCUGAAAGAGAAAUCGCUGGGCGCCGAGAUGGAUUCGGUCAGGUCCUGGGUCCGGAACGUCGGCGUGGUGGACGCCAAUGUCGCUGCUCAGAGCGGAGUAGCCCUGUCCCGGGCCCACUUUGAGAAGCAGCCUCCCUCCAACUUGAGGAAAUCCAACUUCUUCCACUUCGUCCUGGCGCUCUAUGACAGGCAGGGGCAGCCGGUGGAGAUCGAGCGUACCGCCUUCGUAGAUUUUGUGGAGAACGACAAAGAACAAGGCAAUGAGAAGACCAACAACGGCACCCACUACAAGUUACAGCUUCUCUACAGCAACGGUGUCCGCACUGAGCAAGACCUGUACGUCAGGCUCAUCGACUCAGUCACCAAGCAGCCCAUAGCUUACGAGGGACAAAAUAAGAAUCCGGAAAUGUGCCGAGUUCUCCUGACACACGAAGUGAUGUGCAGUCGAUGUUGCGAAAAGAAAAGUUGUGGCAACCGAAAUGAGACUCCUUCAGAUCCUGUCAUCAUCGACAGAUUCUUUCUAAAAUUUUUCCUCAAGUGCAAUCAGAAUUGUUUGAAAACAGCAGGAAACCCCAGGGACAUGAGAAGGUUUCAGGUCGUGUUGUCAACAACAGUGAACGUGGAUGGACACGUGCUGGCCGUUUCCGACAACAUGUUUGUUCACAACAACUCGAAGCACGGGCGGAGAGCGAGAAGGCUUGACCCAUCAGAAGCUACUCCCUGCAUCAAAGCCAUUAGCCCAAGUGAAGGCUGGACCACUGGAGGAGCCAUGGUCAUCAUCAUUGGGGACAACUUUUUUGAUGGCCUCCAAGUGGUGUUUGGGACCAUGCUUGUAUGGAGUGAGCUAAUAACGCCUCAUGCCAUCCGAGUGCAGACUCCUCCUCGGCACAUUCCCGGAGUAGUAGAAGUGACAUUAUCUUAUAAAUCCAAACAGUUCUGCAAAGGAGCGCCGGGGAGGUUCAUUUACACAGCCUUAAAUGAACCCACCAUAGACUAUGGCUUCCAGAGACUGCAAAAAGUCAUCCCGAGACAUCCUGGAGAUCCUGAGAGAUUAGCUAAGGAAAUGCUGUUGAAAAGAGCUGCAGAUCUGGUGGAGGCGCUCUAUGGGACACCACACAAUAACCAGGACAUCAUUUUGAAGCGAGCCGCGGACAUUGCAGAAGCUCUCUACAGCGUCCCCAGGAAUCCCAGCCAGAUCCCGGCUCUCUCCAGCUCCCCAGCUCACAGUGGCAUGAUGGGCAUCAAUUCUUAUGGCAGCCAGCUUGGAGUCAGCAUCUCAGAGUCAACACAGGGAAAUAAUCAAGGAUAUAUCCGCAACACAAGCAGCAUCUCUCCACGAGGCUACUCUUCCAGCUCCACCCCUCAGCAGUCUAAUUACAGCACCUCCAGUAACAGUAUGAAUGGCUACAGCAACGUCCCCAUGGCCAACCUGGGUGUUCCAGGGUCACCAGGAUUUCUAAACGGCUCCCCCACCGGCUCCCCAUAUGGAAUCAUGUCAUCGAGUCCCACUGUUGGAUCUUCCAGCACGUCCUCCAUCCUCCCGUUUUCCUCUUCAGUUUUUCCUGCUGUCAAACAGAAGAGUGCCUUUGCCCCUGUCAUCAGGCCCCAAGGCUCCCCUUCGCCCGCCUGCUCCAGUGGCAAUGGAAAUGGAUUCAGAGCCAUGACCGGACUUGUCGUACCCCCGAUGUAAAGACGAGGAAGAACUGCUUUCUAAUAGCACAAAACUACUCACUCUGAUGGACCAAUAGUGAAGAAAGCACUACGAGCUCUUUGGGGAGAGUUGUGCCCCCAAAUGAACAUGAUGGACAGAUUUGGGUUUGCAAGGAGCUGCCUCUUGCCUGGUCUCACGUUUCUCCUGUAGCUCUCUCUCAUGGCAGCUACACAAACUGACCCUCUUGGGAACAAGGACAAAAGAUGUCAUUGACGUAGUCAGUGCUAAGAGCAGAAAUGCAAUUCUUUGUUAUAAACAUUAUGAGAACCACCUUCCUAUGUUUGUAAAAUAUUUAAGAAAAAAAAAUUGGCAAACAAUUCAUGCUUAAUAUUUUGGAUACUAUUUGUUUUUCUUUGUAGGAAAAAAAAAAGUUGAAAGUUUCUAUUUUCUAUGAAGCCUUUCAGAUACCAAUUUAGUUUAUGCAGAAAAAAAAAAUUGAGCAAAACAGGGUACCAGCAUGAAAGACUUUCUUAAAACGAAACCUGAAUUGAAUGAGGAAAUGUUGUUGUAUGUGUGUUUGCUUAUAGUUUAAUCUCUUUAAAAAACAAACAAAAAAACAAACAAAAAAGGGAAAAAUUUUAAAAUGUUUUACAAUUAUUUAAAUAAAUAAACGUGUAACUUAUUGUAAGUAGAGGUAGAAAUUAAGACCUUUUUGGAGGAGAGAGGAAUUUCUCUUCCUGAUGUAAAAUGAAAGUGAUGCAAACAUGUAGUAACAAGUUUAAAAGGUGUGUGAUUAUUACUGCAGUUACUUACUAGACUCUUAUCUCCCAUCCCCCUCUUUGGCCAUCAUUUUAUUGAUCCACAGGCAAGAACAUGUACCUUAUGUAGAUUCCUUCAGAAAAACCCGACGCAGAAACAAAGAUGCAAGUCCAUGCACGUAUACAAAUACUGAAGUCCAUUAAUCCAUUCCCAGCUCCAUCUGCUUUCUAAAUACUCUACAUGUCCCUUUUGGUAUUCACGCUUUGUGAAUAUAUAUAUAUAUUUUUUUUUAAUUUAUGUUGACUCUCAACCUUUUCCUCCUGAGCAGUACAGAGAAUUCCCAUGUUUCAGCACGUCCCCGGCUUUGCAUCCAGGGAAAGACAGGUCUCCCCUUAAGGAGAGCCAAAGCCACUUGACUUUCCCAACCAAGUGGCCCCUGUGGAAUUCCUCCUCGCCAGAGCCUCAUGCCCCCUCCUCUUUGAUUACCUGGUGGAGCCCAGAGAUUUAAGCCCCACGGAACUUCAGAAACAGGAUUUCAAGAAGGUGACUCUGCUUCUUGGACACUUCAGCGUCAAUCUCAGCAUGGCCACAUCCUUUCUUCCCUCUGCAGAUUUCCCCUUUCAUGGCAUUUAACUCCCAUGGGGAAAAAAUAAAUGUAUCUAACUUUUCCCAUUUUCUAGGCAAGAAUGUGAUGGGGUGAGGAAGAGGCAUGUGAAAAGGCCUAAAUCUCUCUUCUGAUGUCCAAAGAAAUAGAAAGCUUUUUUUGCAGGGUCAGAGGGUAGGGGCAUCUGUGUUCCAAGCAUCAAGGUUCCCUGGGCCUGAGGUGGGUUCUGGGACUGGCUCACAGGGGAGAAACCUUGCAGGAACUGCUAACAGGGGCUAAGUCUUGAAAGCCCGUGUGAUCCUGGAGAUGUAGCCAGACUUAUUUGGAUUGCCAAUAGGAUGUCAUUUUUUUUCCCUGCCAGGGUUCUCCUUGUUGACUCACCAGCACCACAGUAGAGUCUAUACAUAGACCUUAGUUUGGGGUUCUUGGUUGGGGUUCUAAUUAGAAGCUGAUGCAGCUCUCAUGGAAAAACAUCUUUAGUGCAUCUGAGCCAGCUGGCGAUGACUUCAUAAAUUCUCCCUUCUGUGUGCCCCCAUUUCCUCAACCCCCAAUGGUCCUAAUUGCCUUUAAUCUAUUCUAGAACUACCCAACACGACCCAAAUAUUAUUUCUACGCACAUGAUAAUCCAAGGGUUUGGAAACCUGACAUGUUUCUAAUUACUGCCAACAGUCCCUUGUAGUUAGGGCUGAAAACACCAAAAAUACAGGGAAACACACACGAGAACGACAUUCCCCAGUGAAAAAUCUGAUGGGAGAGGAAGAGUGUGUGGAUGAGAAACAUCACCAUGCAAAAGUGAAGGCAGAAUGAAAUCAAGCAUGUUUCGACCUGGAUUUGAGCCAACCCAACAUAAGGAAAUGUUUUUUUAAGUAGCAUUGCUUUUAGAAUCUGUGAAUUUUGCUCUUGCAUGAAGAUGAGUGCAGUACUGUCUUCAAAAUGAUUGUAGAAUUUCUUGGUAGCUUUACACCGAAAAAUGUGUGUAACUAAAUACCAGACAUCCUUGACCAUUCAGCUAGAACCUCAGCAGUGACAGAUCUAUUUAAGUGUACAAAUGUGUGUAAGGAUGAUUUUUUUUUUAGUGUACUAAUAAAUUAAAAACAAAGCUACUCUGUCCUCUUUAGUCAUUGCUAUUGAAUCAUUCUGGUCCCAGGUUAUUUUUGUGCCACUUGGAAUACGAGUAUUUCUAUAGGUAACUACAAAUUCUAUCCUAUCUUUGUAAAAGGAGCUGUGUUAAGAUGUUUCAUUUAAAGGGACAAUUUACUUCAUUAUUUAUCUCAUUUUUUUUUUGUUAUAGCAUCAUAUUUUCCCCCAGUUUUUCUUUGCACAUUUCAAUAUGCAUGGUUUAAAAACCAUUACCUUUUGUACAGUAAGGUCUCAUUUUCAAACUGUAUAGUUUCAUUUUAUCGUUUUGCUUUGUCAGUUAUAUACAGUAUAAAGUUGCUAUGCACAGAGCUUUUUGUAAAGACAGCUUUUUUGUUUACUGUUUUUAAUGGUCUUACUUAUGAAAGAAUAUCUUGUUUGUAAAAUGAAUAUGUCUACUUCAGUUUUAAACUUUAAAUUAUCCUAACAAAAAAUAAAAUUUUUGUACUGUAAAAAUCA